AUGGCGACUGUCAUUCAUAAUCCUCUAAAAUCGCUGGGUGACCAGUUCUAUAAGGAGGCCAUCGAACACUGUCGCAGCUACAAUGCCCGUCUCUGUGCCGAGCGCAGUGUGCGCAUGCCCUUCCUGGACUCGCAAACUGGUGUGGCACAGAACAACUGCUACAUCUGGAUGGAAAAGCGCCACCGACAGCCCGGCCAAGCGGUGGGACAGAUGUAUACCUACCCUGCUCGUUGCUGGAGAAAGAAGAGGCGACUCCACCCUCCUCUGGAUCCACAGCUCCGCCUGUGUGAGCUUCGACUAGAAGCCGAGCUGGCCCCCAAGCGUGAGGUGCCCCCAGGGGAGGCCACAGCCUUGGAGGCCCUCCUGAGGGGAGACAGCCUAUUGGAGAAAAAAAACAGCAUCAGUAAGGAAGAGGAGACGUUGCUGGAAAUACAGAGAGUACUGGAGGCAGAAGAAAAUGGGGACGGUUUCCAUGAUGAUGAAGACUUUGAAAUGGAUACUCCAAAGAGAAAGAACAGAAACCGAGGCAAAAGCAGAGGAUCAAGUCGCCGGAGGUCAGAACCUGUUAACAUUGACGACCAGGACAAACCAUACGUCUGUGACAAUAGAUACAAACAAAAGCAUAACUCAAAAAAGGCUGAAGAAGUCUGUGGAAAGCGCUACAAGAACCGGCCCGGCCUGAGCUACCACUACACCCACACUCACCUGGCAGAGGAGGAGGGUGAGGAGGAAAAGGAAACAGAAAUGGCCCCAUCUCCUCCACAGAGCUCAGACAACCACAAACCUCAGAAGGGCCCAGAUGGUGCCAUCAUCCCCAACGACUACUGUGACUUCUGCCUGGGCGACCAGGACUCAAACAGGAAGACAGGCCAGGCAGAGGAGCUGGUGUCUUGCUCUGACUGUGGACGCUCUGGUCACCCCACAUGCCUGCAGUUCACUGAGAACAUGAUGCAGGCGGUGAGGACGUACCAGUGGCAGUGCAUCGAGUGCAAGUCUUGCAGUCUCUGUGGAACCUCAGAGAAUGACGACCAGCUGCUGUUCUGUGAUGACUGUGACAGAGGAUACCACAUGUACUGCCUGAAGCCUCCAAUGACCCAGCCUCCUGAAGGGAGCUGGAGCUGUCACUUGUGUCUGGACCUGUUAAAGGACAAGGCCUCAGCCUAUGGAGAAGCAUAAUAACAUCCUGGACAUUCUUCUCAACAGACAUAUACACACAAUAUAUACAGUAUCUGUACAUAUAACAGUUUUACAUGCCCACACACUAACAAAAGCUUUAUCUCAUAUAGAUCCGAAAAAACACAGAUUCAAACAAACUGUCUCUCUCACACACACACAUACACACACAUAAACUCCAGUGCAUUCGCAGGCUCAGGGCUGUUUCCUGUGUGAGGCACAGAGAUCCUCUACCUCUCAUAUAGCCAAGCAACACUCCAGAUGCAAACGCCAUCAACAUGCAAUCUCGAUCAUAAUUCAGCCAACAGCAGGUCUGCCAUUCAGUCAUUUCUCUACCUCACCCCUCAGCAAACAGCAAGAAUCCAAAGCAAGAUUGAAAAAGACCGCACUGUGUAGUACGUGUGUAUGUGGAAUACAUGUUAAUUUUAAACCAAACAUCUGAAAUCUCUGGACGUUUCCCCCAUGAUUAAAAUUUAUUUGAGUUUGAAGUGGGAGAUGUUUCUCCCCGACUAUUUGCUGAAGCUGUUUCACUUGCUUCCCUCGCUGCUCAAGCUCUACAGUGGGGGAACCUGAGUGGGUUUGACUGAUGUUUGUUUAAAUUUCUCAUUCCAGCUGUACUCCUCUCUUGUGUUUAAACUUUACAGUGACAUUCCUAUUUUAUAUCUGGACAGACUCAAUGUUACGUAUGCCAUCUUUCACAGUAUUUGUCAAGCUUGGAGAAAUUUAUAUCAAACUCUAAGAGGAAAUGGGGCGAUAAAACAUCCUUGACUAUCAUUCCUUUUGGAGCAUGUUGACAUUUUUAAUCCACGUCUGUUUUCUGUAUCCUUGCAGUCACUAGGAUACCAUAUUGCUCAAUGUGACACUUUACACAAGAUUUAACAUGGAUGUGUAAGGCAGGAGUUGCUCAGCGACGUCCCCAGGCCAGAGAAAAAUGGACAGCAACACAAACCCAGUAAUGCCCCCAAGUGUGUAGUUAAAAUAGCACUUUCAUGUAAAACGCCAGCUGCAAAUGUACAUAGCAGUGUGUUGCUAUUGAGGGACCUGCUGCCAUCUGCAACCAUUGCCGAGCCAUAUGAUGGUCGGAAGGGAAAGAAUGCAGUCCGCUGGUGCUUCUACAGACAUCAAAAGCACGAGUCCUACUUGUGAUCAUUGCACCAAAAUGGAAAAAUACUAAGUAGAGGGUUAGUAAAAGAUAGCAUAAACUCCCGUGAAAGAUGAGUCUCGAUCAGUAUACGAAUUAAAAAUGAGCACGGUCUCACAUACUCCCACUCAAGAACGGGUGCUGGUGGAGGUGGGCCACCUACCUCUGAUUAGAGGGCAUUAACUUUCUUUUUUUUAUAUAAAUUUCAUGACAUAAAGAAGUCUCAAACAGGUAACUCUAUGUCUGCAUUGGCCUUGAAAGGUUCAAGAUGAUUUAAAACAGUAGAUGGCGUGUUGAGCCAUUUUCAACCCAUGAAAUACCGAUUUUUAUAACUUUGGUGAGAAAUGUCAACAUCAACACCAGCAAUGAUUUGUUUCAUCACACUACUGUCAUAUCAUUUAGUUUACAGCUCAAAAAACAUGUUUAAGUGUGCAGUACCUCUUCAAUACGAACAUGAAAUGCAUUUUCUUGCAUUUUUUUCAUUGGCAUCUGGUCUUCAAA